AUGCUCCGGCAAUACCUCACCAACGCAGAUAUUGUAGCGACCUGGAAAGCGACGAGUGCGAGGAUGCAUGCGACGCUUGCAGAGGUUGAAACCGAAAGCGCAGCGAUCAUGAACCCUGGAUUCAGCUGGGCAGACGAAUACAAGAUCUGGGAACAUAACUUCCUCUUCCAGCAAGGUAGCCUCGUUGAACAAGCUCCUGAAAUCGCCAUCACCAACGCCAAAGAUCAAAUAACGAACAAUGCGGCAAUCGGUUCGCAAGCGCUCCGGAACAGCUUCGUAGCAGCCAUCACUGCGCAGACUCAGGCGCCGGGGCUGGCAGAUCUGAGUGAUUGGCUGGAUAUCGAUGACGCGCCGAAGAUGCCGUAA